CCAGAUUCAAUGCUUGAUAUAAAUGCGACCGAGAAAGUGUGUUGUUGCCUUACAUGCGUGUGUGCCAGAAGCGAACAAACCCUUCACGACUGCAGCCUUACUCUUCAGCACUGUGCCACCAGACAGCGCCAUACAGUCAGUCCCAUGUGUACUCCACCGAGCAGCGCUAGUCUCCUGGCGAGCGUGUCCUUGCCGUCGUCCGCUGCGGAGAGGAGCUGGGAUGGUGGCGACGAGUCGCCCGGUCCCAAGACUCUCGUCCCUUUGCCGGGUCCGUCCCUCCUGUCCUCCCGCCGGCUGCUGCGGCUGCGGCCCUUCAAGAGCCACCUGGUGCCCAGCGCCCGGCGCAAGCGGGAGAUGACGCCGGCCAGCAAGAAGGACGCCCUGUACUGGGACAAGCGGCGCAAGAACAACGAGGCGGCCAAGCGCUCGCGCGAGAAGCGCCGCUUCACCGACAUGAUGCUGGAGGGCCAGCUGCUGGCCCUGAGCGAGGAGAACGCCCAGCUGCGCGCCGAGGUCUUCAGCCUGCAGUGCCACCCGCACCAGGGCCGGGAGCCGGACCUCGCACGCCCCUUCCCGCCGCCCUCCGCCGCCGCCAUACAGUGCCCAGUGCCAGUCCAAGGACACCCGCUCAUGAGCCAGCCACCGUCCGCCCUCUGGGGCUUCAAGGGCAGCUGUGUGCCCCUGCUGGAGGGCCCGCGAAGCAGGUCAGUCGGGAAGAUGUCCUGCCUGGCCCUGUCGCAGAGCCCUUUGAGUGUGUACCAGAGGUCUCCGGACGUCUUCUCGGGGUCCUCUCCGCUGUUCCCCUCCCUGGUCCACCCCCAGAGCGCGGCCUGUGUUCCCCCGCCAGAGUUCCUCUUCAAGCCCAACGGCCUCAGCCAGCCUUCGGCCGAGGCGUCGUCAAAACCAGCCAAAGCAGCUCAGCACCAGGUCUCCUCCUCCAGCGACGACGUCCCAGCGGGCGAGGAGACUGCCGCAAGCCCACUCCAAAAGGCCUUUCCGCCCCAGUGGCAGGUCAUCGCUCCACAAGCCGUCCCCUCCUCUCCUCCGAGUAGCCCCGGCUGGCUGCUGCCUCAUCUCGGGCAAACUGCGCUCCACGAUGGCUUACUGGUUCCCUGGAGCUCCUCCUGCUUCUACCCGUCUUCAGUUUACCCUAGCUUGCCCCUGUCGCUCUAUCUGCCCCUCAAACAGGCAGGUUACACCAGGUACGGAACUGAAGCAUUCCGUUCGCGGAGUGUGCACUGCAACAAUUAGCUUCCGGCUGGCUACACACCAGACGUGAUGGUGGCACGUUCAUUUUAAGAAAUUAGACCAGUGUUCUAAAACUAUUGCUCCAAGAACUGUGCACGUCAAUUGCAGGACCCGGUGUAGCCCGACUGAAAGAAUGAAUUGCCCUACAUGUACCAAAGCCUGAACACGCGGGGGAAUUUUCUCACUUUCAACUGAGCUGAAGAGGUACUUCAGUGCUGAGAACUGUUAAACAUUCUGUUGCAAAAAAGUUAUGUGGGAAAAAGCAGAAGGUUUUAGGGAAUUACUUCAUCAUCUUUUUAAACUCUCAUGCUGUUGUUUGACUGGCGAAAAAUAGCUUUUAUCGUUCUUUUUGACAUGCUGAUUUUUGUCAUUUUUCAUCACAAUGAAAAAUGUGUGGAUCAUGGAUUUUGUAGGCUUAUUUUUUUAUAAAUUAAACUGAUGUGUGACUGA